AUGAAAAACCUGGCAAAGAUCCCGACAAAAUUCGCAAAACGGGCCCUCCAUCUCGAGUGGAAACUCCUGAUUCUCGUCCUAUUUUCCGUCACAUUCCUAGCCAACGUUUCUCUCUUAUCCUCCCCAGCCUCGCUAUCCAUCUCUCUCCGCUGUUUUGCUCCUGUCAAAUCCACAUUUAGCGGCGGCUGUGCUCCGACCGGCCGUCAUCCUGUCCGACUCGAGAACCCGUUAAACGAGUCGAGAAUCGCCGUUUGUUUGGUGGGCGGGGCCCGCAGGUUCGAGCUGACCGGGCCGUCAAUUGUGGAGAGGAUUCUCCGGGUUUAUGAAAAUUCGGAUCUUUUUCUCCACAGCCCGUUGGAUUCGAACGCGUACAAGCUUCUGCUGUUGAACGAUGCACCCAGGAUAGCUGCUGUCAGAAUAUUUAAACCCGAACCCAUACCCGAGACUGAGUCGGAGGUCCAGGUUCUGACGGCUACUCACUCGCCCAACGGUAUACAGGGGUUGUUGCAGUAUUUCAACCUUGUAGAAGGCUGCCUAAAAAUGAUCAACGCAUAUCAAGAAGAGAACAACUUCACUUACGACUGGGUCAUCCGAACAAGAGUCGACGGGUACUGGUCCGCCCCAUUGGGCCCCGAAAACUUCAUUCCAGCCAAAUAUUUAAUUCCGCCUGGUUCCGUCUAUCGUGGCCUCAACGAUCGAUUCGGAGUAGGAGACUACAAUACCUCGGUUGUAGCACUUUCGAGACUCUCCUUAAUCCCUCGGCUGAAAUCAGCUGGGUUUACCAAACUCAACUCGGAGUCUGCUUUCAAGGCCCAACUCACCACCCAAAAGGUUGAAUUCACCACCAACCGUCUGCCCUUCUGUGUAGUGACUGAUCGUAAAUAUGGGUUUCCUCCUGACCGGUUUGGGGUGCCAGUGGCCGCGCUGUCGAGCCCUGGCCCACUUAAUGGCAUGAAGUGCAGACCUUGCCGGCCCGUGUGCACUGGAUCUUGUGUUAGGCCUAUCAUGAAUGGGCUUGCUAGAGGCUGGAGUUGGACCGAGUGGACUGAAAACUCGGUUAGGCUUUGUGAUGCACGCAGAAAGUGGGAAAAUGGGUGGGAGAUGCUGUUUGAUGAAGUUGCAGGGAAAAAACUGGCUUAUGCAAGGAACAAAGUUUGGGCUUUGAAUAUGAGCCAAUGCGUUGAUGGAUUUAAUAGAAUGAAGAGACGGACGGCCCACUGGUAUGGGUCUGGACCCGAGGAAAUUUGCAGGCAGGGCCUGAAGUCUAGCCAAGAGGGCCGUCAAGUCCGUCCAAUCCCCAUAAGCAGCCAGCAGCACCGCAGAGAAUCGAGGAGAUCUCAGCCGACCACCGUGAAGCCUCCACCUGUCGUAGCAAAAGAAACCGAGACAAAGCAGCAAAAGGGAGAAGCUUACCACCGUACGACGCUGCCGGUUGUCGAUGACGGAAGCUCGCCGUCCCAGUCGCAGCUUCACCGGUGCAGAAGGACAGAGCCACAGAUGACGGGGAGAGGAGAGAGACCGAGGAGACAGCAACUCAGCCCGGGACACCUCGACAGACCAAGCCACAACCAAGCGCGGCCACUGCGACUCGACCCACCGCAGCCGCCUCCAAACACGCCCUAUCGACAAACCCACGAAUCUGGAGCAGGGACCACGAAUGGGGACAAGCGCAGGUCCGUCUUGAGUGAGCGGUGGAGGCCGUCGACCGACGACUCCAGACGGCCGUUAAGGGGGUGA